AUGGUUUUCUCCUCUUCGAGCUUGUGGGGUUGGUCAAAGCCUACAUCUAGAGACCCUGCUGAUUGUUUCCAACCUGAGCUGACCUAUCACUUGCGGAUGAUGGCUGACUUAUCUUCCAUAGGCAAAUGGGAAAAUGAAAUAAAGACAGAGGUUCGGCGAGCGCUCGAUAUCGCCGAUACUGCGUACCGCAUAAUGAGAGACAAUGCCAAUGAUGCUAAGGUCGAAAGAACGGCCAAAUGCCUCCUUGGGCAAAACGACUUCCAGAACAAAUUUGAUAAAGUCAAGGGAGGCUUUUCGAGAGAACCGUCCGCCCAUUCCGGCCCUCAGGAUGCUCAGUGGCUGAUGGAAAGGAGCAACGUUGAUGUGGAAAUUUAUUGUGACGGUUCGCGCAUCUCCAAAUCGAAAACCGCAAAAGGCAGGAUUAUCGGGAGAGAUCCCGCGCAAGGGAAUCGAGUAUACUCGGAAGAGGAAGUAAAAGACUACAAGAUCUGCGACGACUCUAAUAUACCCAAAAGCCUUAGAAUCAGGGCUUUUACUGUGUCGUCCGAUUUGAUAGAUGAGAAAGCACGAAAAGAAGCUAUACGUAGAGGAGAAACAAUCACCCUCAAUUCUUACACGACCGAGACGGCAUAUGCAAAUACCAUGCAAAUCUGCCGGAAGAGUAUAGAGUUCGCCGUCAAUGACGACUGGCCCAUCAUAGACCAGAGAAGGAUCAAGAAGAUGAUGAAGAAGAGGAAAAUAGCAGAGCUCAAGGAGAAGGGGACGACGCCCAUUGAUGAGAUAACAACGCUGGCAACCACGAUACUUCAUGAGUUGACACAUACCAAUCAAGCCGGGAAGUCGUUUGACGUCAAGACGGAAAAUAGCAAGGUGGCUUAUGGCUGGAAGCGUUGCGGUUCAGUGGGAAACCCAGAGAAUGCAGACACUAUCGCCUUCCUCGCAUUGGCACUCAAGGUCUGGAGCUUAGGCAACUUUUACGUCAAGGACGAUGGCGAGAUUGCCUCUCGGUGA